GAGAGAGAGAGAGAGAGAGAGAGGGAGAGAGGCCCGGCGGCAGGCCGCGCGCUGCUCUGGCUGCGGCGAGGUGAGCGCGGGCGUGACGCCGAGCACCUUUGUCCCCCCUGCGCCCCGGCCACACCUGCGAGGACGGGGCAGCCGCGGCUCCGGCUCCAGCGCGCGGGCGCGCGGGUUGUGGGGAGGAAGGACUGGGGCGGUGGGGAUGGAGAAGGGGAAAGUGAAGAAGGAGAAAGGGAAGGAGGCCGUGAGGGAGAAAAUUAGGAGAACAGAAAAGGAAGAGAAAAAGAAAGGGGCUGGAGAGAAAAUUCAAGAAAAAAACAAAGGACAGACGAACGAGAUUGGGAAGGAGAAGAGUAAGAGAAAAGAUAAAGAGGAAAAGAGGAAGGAGCAAGGCAAGGAGACAGACAAAGAGAAGGAGCAAUGUAAAGCAAAACAGGAAGAGAAGAAUAAGGGCACCUUGACGAGCACCCCGCCCAAACCACAGGAGGAAAGUAAGCCGAUCCUAGUUCUAGCCCUGGAUGGAGCAGGGAAAACCAGCGUCUUCCACACUUUAGCUUCAAACAGAGUCCAGCGCAGUGUGGCACCCACCCAAGGAUUCAAUGCAGUGUGCAUCGACAUGGGAGGCAGCCUUAUGGAGUUCCUGGAGAUUGGUGGCAGUGAGCCUUUCUGUUCCUCCUGGGAAAUGCACCUGUCCAAGGGAUUGCUGCUCAUCUUUGUGGUGGAUUCAGCAGAUCACAACCGAUUGCCCGAAGCCAAGAAAUACCUUCACCAACUCAUUGAAGCCAACCCGAUCCUUCCUCUGGUUGUGUUUGGACACAAACAGGAUCUAGAAGCAGCCUAUCACAUUACAGAUAUCCAUGAAGCCUCGACAUUGUCUGAGGUGGGAAAUGACAGGAAGCUGUUCUUGUUUGGAACUCAAGUGACAGAGACCAGCACUGAGAUCCCUUCCAUCAUGGAAGAUGCCAAAGAUCUGAUUGCACACCUGGCUGCCACUGGGCCUUGACUGGGCCCAGGUCCAUUGGGACCUCAGGUGCUGAGUGUCCUCAGGGAGUACUGCAUGGCAGGCCUGAAGUUAAAGUUUUAACCUUCAAAUAAAAGAUAAGCCAUUUCCUAUUUGUUUACUACAUGGCAUGUACACAAAGACAACACUAAUUCAUUAAGAGUAUCCACUUAGAUUUUGUUCUUUUUUUUUCAGUACCAGGGAUCAAACUCAGGACCUUGUGCUUGCCAUCCACUUAGAUUUUGAACUUUAAAAAUAUUUAAAAAACAGUAUAUUUGAGAGAACUUAGGGACCUUUGUGAUUUUUUGUUUUUUUCUGGGCAGGGUGGGCAGGCUGGAGAUUGACUUAGCUAAACACACUAUCACUGAGCUGCAUCCUCAGCUCUGGGAU